ACGGAAUAUCGUGGUCUCAGUUCUCUCCACCAUCCCUUCGAGUCUGGCACGGGUUGAAAAUUGUGUAGGGGGAAGACCUAUUCGAUAGAUAUCAACAGAAUGGAUACCGACGAAUUCAGACAUGUCGGCAAAAACAUGGUGGACUACAUUUGCAAUUACAUGGAAAACAUAGACAGUCGGCGAGUGACUCCAAAUAUAGAGCCAGGCUAUCUACGAAAACUUCUCCCUACUAACGCCCCAGACAAUCCAGAAGAUUGGGAUAAGAUCAUGGAGGACGUGGAGUCAAAAAUAAUGCCCGGCGUUACGCAUUGGCAGCAUCCCAGGUUCCACGCUUACUUUCCCAGUGGAAACUCGUAUCCUUCGAUUCUUGGCGAUAUGUUAUCAGCGGGAAUAGGAUGCAUUGGUUUUUCUUGGGCGUCAAGUCCAGCAUUGACAGAACUGGAAACUAUAGUACUGGACUGGCUAGGUAAAGCCAUCGGAUUGCCCGAUCAAUUUUUAGCAUUUAAGGAAGGAAGCAGAGGAGGGGGUGUCAUUCAGACAUCAGCCAGUGAAUGCGUUCUGGUUUCAAUGUUGGCUGCGCGAGCUCAAGCGAUCAAAAGACUGAAGCAACAGCAUCCUUUUGUUGAAGAAGGCUUACUUCUAUCCAAACUCAUGGCAUACUGUUCCAGAGAAGCACAUUCCUGCGUAGAAAAGGCUGCGAUGAUUUGUUUCGUGAAGCUGAGAAUUUUAGAACCAGACGAGAAAUCUUCUUUGAGAGGAAAAACUCUUUUGAUGGCUAUGGAAGAAGACGAGACCAUGGGUCUCAUUCCAUUUUUCGUAUCUACCACAUUAGGAACAACUUCUUGCUGCGCUUUCGACAACUUGGAAGAAAUCGGUCAGGUAUGCCAGAAGUUUCCUUGCGUUUGGUUGCAUGUGGAUGCAGCGUAUGCAGGAAGCGCCAUGAUCUGUCCAGAGCUGAAGUAUCUUCUUAAAGGCAUCGAGUACGCGGAUUCUUUCAACACAAACCCCAACAAGUGGCUGCUGACAAAUUUUGAUUGCUCUACGUAUUGGGUCAGAGACAGAAUUCGACUGACCUCUGCGCUUGUAGUCGAUCCCUUAUACCUCCAACACGGAUAUUCAGAUGCUACAAUUGACUACAGACACUGGGGGGUUCCUCUAAGCAGACGGUUCAGGUCGUUGAAGAUAUGGUUCGUCCUGAGGAGCUACGGCAUUUCUGGACUACAGAAGUACAUAAGGAACCACAUAACGCUUGCGCAUAGAUUUGAAGAGCAUGUGGCGAAGGAUAGAAGAUUUGAAAUAUGUAACGAAGUCAAAUUAGGUCUUGUAUGUUUUCGACUGAAAGGAAAUGACAAAUUAAACGAGAAGUUGCUGAGCAGCAUCAACGCUUCUGGAAAACUCCAUAUGGUUCCAUCGAACGUCAACGACAAAUAUGUCAUCAGGUUUUGUGUAGUAGCAGCUGACGCAGAAGAAGAGGACAUAGAUCAUGCCUGGGAGGUCAUAAAAGAAUUCGCGGAAGAAUUACUGGAAUCUCAGUCGUUGGAGAAAGAAAGAGAAUUACAGGACGAAGUAUUCGACCUCUUGGAGAGAAAGAAGAAAGAAACUUUGGCCCACAAACGCAGUUUCUUCGUACGGAUGGUCAGCGAUCCGAAAAUAUACAAUCCGUCGAUAGCGAAGUCACUGCCGUCCACGAGAAGGCAUUUGACAGAGACUGCGGACUCGCCCAUGUCACCCGAUGGAAAUAUCACUAUUCAACCACCCUCAAGUUCGUCUUGGAUAAGUUGGCCUUUGGCCUUCUUAUUUCAAGGAAUUGCCGAAGAUGGUUCUGCUAGCGACUUGCCAAUUAGAUUUAGGCAUCUAGACACCAAAGUUCGCUUGAAGACAACGGGCAAAGGCCCGAACGGACCUUCCCCUUCGGUGUCUCCUGAUGGAGAAAACAGCAGGUCCCCCAAGAGGUCUCCCAUCUCUUCCCGAAGGUCAUCGCCGUCCGGCACGUCGUCCUAACUUCGGAGAAAAGUCCUACGGUUAUGCAAAAACCUGUCUGAUGUGUGUACUUAAGAAUCUAAAUGUAAAUUACUGACAAUAUGAAGUAUUGGAAAUCCUUAAGGUCUUCAAUAAUAAAUUAUAUUCAUGAGA